AGAACAAUGAUCAUUCUUUUUGAAUUGUUUUAGUAUUUUUAAGGUUUUGAUAUUAUCUAAUUUAAUAAUUCAAAUGAUGUAAUUAAAACGAUAAAAAUAAAUAUUGUAUUACAAACUUUUUUAAUUCAUAUAAAAUUUUUAAGUAUGUUGAUAACAAUGAAUGAUAAGAUUGCCAAAGCCAAAUAAAUCAAGGAAUAUUUUGCAUAACUUUUGCUAGCUUGAUCUUCUUAUUCAUCAGAGAAAUUAGAAACUUUAAAAUUUCUUUNUCAAAGUGUUUCUUAAUAUACUUAAGCUCUUUCAAUUCCAGAUAAUUCAGAUGUUCAAGUUGGACCUGUUUUUGUUGUUAGUGAAACAGUUUCAUAAAAUCUUAAUGCUAAUUAAAAUAAAUUAACCGUUGUUUAAACUAUCUCAGAUCCAGAAUUAUCUAAUUUUUAAAUUAAUUAUAAGGAAGCAUAUGUAAUUUAAAAUUCAGAAUCCUACAAUUUAACAUUAGAUUAUUUCAUAUAAAAAGGAGUUGCUACUACUUUUGGAUUUAUUUGGAAAACUGGAUUGUUUGAUCCAUAUUCAGAAUUUUAGUUUAUUAUUAAUUCUGAAGCAAAACCAGCUAUGAAUUAAACUAGAAGAAGAUAACUUGAGGCUCAAUUUAAAAG